AUGGAGCGCGGGACGAGGCUCUUCGCAGAGGAGCUCGAGAUCGAUCGCGCGUCAUGGCGGUCGCGUCGGGGCUGCCGGGGCGGCGCUGAUUGGGCGAUGCUCCCUUGCUCCUUCCUUGCGUUUGUCGGCUGGCCCCGCCAAGGCAAGAGCUGCACCUGUUCCAAGGUCCUCACGCUCGCCCUCGCCCUCACCCUCGACCCCGACAUCCUCUUUUUACCCUCGCACCCCCGCCGUCUUCUCUUCGCACCCUCUCUGCAGCACCUUAACGCAGCAUUCGAUUCUAUUCGGCCAUCCAGUGCUCUUUAUCGCGCUCGGCCCGCCGCAACGCUCUCGACCUUCGUCGCCCGUUGCUUUUUAGCGCCGGCCGAAGCGAGUCCGCGCUGCCUCAUCCAGACUCCGCACAGCACACCUACACGCUGCAGUCGAUACAGCGGCUUCCUGUCGACAAUUGACUGCGCUCAACCUGACCAGCACGUCGACUGUCUCUGGGCUGCCGUCAUCGCAAUUUCCCAAACAAACGCCGCCGCCGACCGUGCCCGUUAG